CCUCUAGCCCAAUUGGCAAAGCGUCCGUCGACCAGUCAGGUUGAAGCGCGCGGGUGGGGCCUUUGGCGGGAAGAAUGGAGCUCGAGAGCGGCGAGAGGAGAGGGAGCGGAGUAACGGUCACCCCCGAGGGAGGGCGGGAGAGCUCGGAGGCCGCCCCGCCUGAGGGGGAGCGGGGAGAGGUAACCCCGCCGUCCACGGGUCUGGACACUUCAUCCGGAUCGGGGGCGGACACUCCGGCCUCGGACUCAAAAAGGCUGAGACUGUUCAAGGCGGCGAUAGAUACCACAGUGGAGAAGCUUCUAGAAACCGCCAGCUUUGAGAGGUUUGCUCAGUGCUUUCAACCUGUUUACAAAAUUCAGCCACAGUUCACACAUAGUGUCUACAAGCAGCUUAUUUCUCAACUCCAGACCUCUAUCCAGGAAGAAGUCAGUCAGAUCUCUGAAGAUGGACUGUUUGAACGAGCACUCCCUAAAUUGGAUCAGCUGGAACGUGAAUCUGAAGCACGUACAGACCCUGCGUGGCGUCCCACAGGCUCCCCAGCUGUGGACCUACGGACGCACCUGGUGCCAUACCUGUUGCAACAGCGUGAUUACCUGCGUCUGAAACUGAAGAGGGCAAAGGAGGAGAAUGCAGCUCUGGCACAGUCAGUCCUCGAGGGCAGGAGCAGGGUCGAAUCGUUGGUGCGAGUGCGAGACGAGCAAUGUCAGCGUUGGCAGCAAUGUACUGAACUCUGUCGUCAGUUUCAGUUGGACGAACACUGAACAAGUGAAGGUGGCCGGUGUCUGAAUGCCGUUGUUGAAUUCCAAGUGAUUUUCUAAUUUUUGAUGUGUUCAUGUACCUUCACUCACAUUCUGUGAUCUUCAGAGGUGAACCGGCCCAGCUCAAAGUCCCUGCAUACCUCAAUAAAUAACUGAUGAGGAGGUAAAUGGUACCCAGGUAGGAAGGGUAAAUGAAUGGUAUGUGUAAAGUAGAGAGAGGAAUAACAAUGAUGUAGUGACUGUCCUUUUCCUCUGCAGACUGAAUUGCUCUGCUGGCUGACUGCGGCCCAUGAGAUAAAAUUAAGGGCAGUCACACCAGCUGUUCAAGAUAGUAUAGAGGAAGCAUUACUCUCUAUCUAACCCUAUGAUUGAUGUGGACAAUGUAGAGAAAGCUUUAUUUUAAGUUUAAAAGCACAGAGGGAGCUUUACUCUUCCUAACCCUGUACUGACCUCAUCCUGACAGUGUUUGAUGGGGACAGUGUAGAGUGGGUUAUUUCUGCGCAGUAUCCCUCAACUUGAUGGAUAAAAAGAUCCCUUAAACCUGGAUGUUUGGCCUCUGCUUUGAGGUUUGAAUUUGAAAGCCAAUCUCUGUUGCUGUAUAUUGGUAAUUUUAUUUUGUUCAUUUUCCCUUUUCUGUAUAAUCUUGCUUCCAAAGUUACUGGAAGUGUUGACCAAGUCUAGGUUUGUAUUGUUGUAGAUGAUCACUCCUUUAACCUCUCAACAAAGGUACCUGUAAG